CUGAGAUGGAGUUCAUUUUUCCCACAAAAAGAAAAUUUUUCCUAGUAAAAGAAAAAUAUGACAAGAAGGAGGAAGGAUGGGCAUUUGUUUUUUACAACGUUGGCCUUCUGGAGCAACUGCUACAGAUUCUGGAGCUCUGCUUCCCAGAAAGUGGCCAGGAAUGGCAUACAUCUGAAGGCAAUAUGGGAAGUAUUGACUGCCAAGACUGUGUCUUUUCUGUGGGAAAAGGACGCAGGCACAGGCAGCCCAAUGGAAACACAGGAACAUUCACCGUCACUGGGGGAGGAGGGCAAGUCCUGCCUGCAGCCCUGCUCAGAGAGGAAGCAGCUGAAAGUCAACGUCUUAAACAUCAGUAAAGGGGAUGCUGACAACUCGACUUUUCUGCCAGAUUCUGCAGCUCUCUGCUUCCUGAAAAACAAUAAAGGCUUGGAUUACUCAACAGGAAACAGUACUUUUUUCAGAAGAAUUUAUUAUUUCAACCAUUCUCUUACACUUAUUCUUCUGGAAAACUCAACAGAAGAGCAGUUUUCUCCCAAAAAGGUUGCUAGAGUUUGUUCAUCUGUUCCUGAUGAAGAGAUCCUCUUCUGCAGUUCCACAGCACUUAUUUUUGUGUUCAGACUGAGCUUCCUCAAGAUGAGAACAAAUAAAUAUGUAAAAGCAAGUCCUCUUGUUGUGUAUCUUAAUGAUCCCUUUCGAAAGCCUUAA